CGCUUCAUAUCAUCGCCUUUUGCUCAACCGUCCUUGGCCGGUCUCACAAAGGCUUAUUGUCCCUCGUACCCUCCUCCACUUGACUCCCUUCAACAUGGCUGGCCAAAUGCAGAUCGAUAUGAGUAAUGCUCAGAUGGUGCGGGACGAAAACGGCCGACCUUUCAUUAUUGUCAGAGAUCAGGGUAGUAAAAAACGGCAACAUGGCACCGAAGCUGUCAAGUCCCAUAUUUUGGCUGCUAAGACUGUAGCAAAUAUUGUCAAAUCCUCCCUAGGACCUCGGGGACUCGACAAAAUCUUAAUAUCUCCUGAUGGCGACAUUACAGUUACAAACGAUGGCGCUACUAUUCUCGGACAGAUGGAAAUUGAAAAUCACGUAGCGAAACUCCUUGUCGAGCUAUCCAAAUCCCAAGACGACGAAAUUGGUGACGGAACUACGGGUGUCGUUGUCCUUGCCGGAGCUCUCCUGGAGGCUGCGAGUGACCUUAUCGACAAGGGAAUCCAUCCUAUUCGGAUUGCAGAUGGUUUUGAUCUGGCGUGUGAUGUUGCGGUUGCCCAUCUUGAUCGGAUUUCGGAUGUUGUAGAAUUCUCGAAGGACAAUCUUGACAAUCUCACACGGGCUGCAAAAACAUCCUUGGGAAGCAAAAUCGUUUCGAUAGCCCACGACAAGUUCAGCAAGAUCGCUGUCGACGCCGUAAUUUCCGUCGCCGACCUGGAUCGCAAAGACGUUGACUUUGAGCUAAUCAAGGUUGACGGAAAGGUCGGCGGUGCCCUUGAUGACUCGAUGCUCGUCAAGGGUGUCAUUAUCGACAAGGACAUGUCCCAUCCGCAAAUGCCCCGGGUUGUUGAAGACGCUAAAAUCGCCAUCUUAACAUGUGCAUUCGAGCCCCCUAAGCCCAAAACCAAGCACAAACUUGAUAUCACUACUGUGGAGGAGUUUAAGCGUCUCCAGGCUUACGAGAAGUCGAAAUUUGAGGAGAUGAUUAAGCAAAUCAAGGAUACCGGCGCUAAUCUGGCUAUCUGCCAGUGGGGUUUCGACGACGAGGCUAAUCACUUGCUGCUUCAGAACAAAUUGCCCGCUGUUCGAUGGGUCGGUGGUCCAGAGUUGGAAUUGAUUGCGAUUGCCACUAAUGGAAGGAUUGUUCCCCGGUUUGAGGACCUAACCGCGGAGAAGUUGGGCAGGGCUGGUGUUGUUCGUGAACUCUCUUUUGGAACCACAAGAGAUCGGAUGUUAGUUAUUGAGGAGUGUGCAAACACAAGAGCUGUAACCGUCUUCGUGAGAGGAAGUAACAAAAUGAUUAUCGAUGAGGCUAAGCGUGCGCUACAUGAUGCUCUGUGCGUUGUGAGGAACCUUGUCAAAGACAACAGAGUUGUCUAUGGUGGUGGCGCUGCAGAGAUCUCUUGCUCUCUAGCAGUUUCCGAAGAGGCAGACAAGACCCCUGGCCUAGAGCAAUACGCUAUUCGCGCCUUCGCAAACUCACUAGACGCCAUCCCCAUGGCCCUCGCCCAAAACUCCGGCCUUUCGCCCAUAGAAACCCUCGCAUCCGUCAAGUCCCGACAAGUCCGCGAGGGUAACUCAAGGCUAGGGGUGGACUGUAUGAUGACCGGAAACAAUGACAUGCGAGACCUCUUCGUCAUCGAUCCGUUGAUUGGAAAACGCCAGCAACUCCUCCUCGCAACUCAACUUUGCAGAAUGGUGCUGAAGGUGAAUAACGUUAUCAUUGCGGGGAGUGGCGAAAAUGAAUUUUAGAGACCUAGAAUCAGGUGUUGUCAAGGGGGUUAAAAAGUUUCCAUCCACGCUUGUAGUUGCCACUUGAUAUUCAAUAGAUAGAAGUGUAGGGGUCAUCAAAGGCUACUUGACUUGUGGGUCGUGGUGUGAUCGACAAAAUGAUGAGCUACAUGAAGCUUACCGAGUGAUUGCCUAUGAAUAAAAUCAUGGGACGCAGCAUCCAUCUAUCCAUGCCGCAA